AUGGCUACUCGAGGCGUUGGCGAGAUUCCCAGUCUCUCUCAACUUUAUCGUGACUCUGAGUCUGACCUUUCUGAGGCCGCCCUCUCUGCCAGAAGGGAGCCUGACUAUCCUGCCAGCGAAUCCAUCAACAAGCGUAUUGGCUUGAUCCGCGGCGACAUCACCAAACUGCGCCUGGACGCCAUCGUCAAUGCUGCAAACAGGAGUCUCUUAGGUGGCGGUGGUGUUGACGGUGCCAUUCACAGAGCUGCUGGUCAUCGGCUGGUCCGGGAAUGUAGCCCGCUGGGUCCCAUCAACACUGGCGAGGCUGUCAUCACAAAGGGCUACAACCUCCCCGCCAAGCAUGUCAUCCACACCGUCGGACCAGUUUACGAUACCGACCCAAACCCUAGGGAGAGUCUGGCGAACUGCUACCGCGAGAGUUUGAGGGUUGCUGUGAGGAACAACCUGGGGAGUGUCGCAUUCAGCGCCAUCAGCACAGGCAUCUACGGAUUCCCAAGCUCCUCCGCCGCCAAGAUCGCAUGCAAGACUGUAAGGGAGUUUCUUGAGACUGAAGAAGGCAACACACUUUCUAAAGUGGUUUUUGUUACGUUUGUCCCCCCUGAUGUCGACGCAUACAAUGCGGCGCUCCCGAAAGUGUUUCCUCCUGCAGAGGAAGGGGCCACGGAGUGA